AGCAGCAGCAGCGCGCCACUCUCGAAAUGGCUUUAGCCGCAAGCAGGACGCUCUUGGCGCUAUUCGUUGCGUUUUGCGCACCAGCAGGCGGAUGGGCAGCAGAGAAGUCCCUGCGGUCACAAAAUGGGAAACAGACAUUUGUGGAUAAGGGCCCGAGGGAGAGCUGGGAGCCUUCAAUUCAUCUAGAUGGAAGACCUGUGGAUCGCUUUGUCAUCAGCUCCAACAAACCCACGAGGUCUCACCGCCUCACCAAAGGAAAGGACAGUCGCUCGCACGUACUGGAGGAUGUAGACCCUGAAUGGGUUAACCUGGAUGGCUUUGCUGUGUUGGGCGGCGCACCGGUCAGGAACUCAUCAGCAGGUCAAGCCAGGUCUCCACAAACUGCUUCCAGAAGUCCGGCUUCAGUACAGCGGUCCACCAGGGUGAACAGAACAGCCCAGGCAUUGGGCGGGUCCAAUACCCGAAGGACACACAGGCGCGCCCCUCAGUCCUCCUCGGGUCCCAGGCAGCCCGAGAGAGCUCUACCAGGAGCUCCCCCGCUGGAAAGGAGAAGGCAACACCACACCAAGCCCCAAUCUGACCAGAGAAACCGAAACACAAAGAGACUAACGUCUGAGUCCGUUCAUGUGGUGUCACUGCAGGCACAGAAAGCCCUGGGCCAGAGCGCACCCGCCAACAGAGCAGCCGCAACCAAAACAACCGCAUCAGAGCCACCUGAGUACGAGGCCCGGGACAUCAGUGUCAGGGUCAUGUCUCCUCAGUCAGUCCUCAUCUCCUGGGUUGACCCCGCUGUUGAGAUGGGAAAGGUCGGCCCCGAGGACAUCAGAUCCUACACAGUUAGGUACCGGGAGAAGGGCGAGUCAGCACGGUGGGAGUACAAAGACAGCACCCAAAGGAGGAUGAUGAUAGACACACUGUCUGCUGACGGCAUGUACGAGUUCUCGGUCAGAAUCUCUCAGAGAGAAAACCAUGGAAAGUGGAGCGUCUCCGUCUUUCAAAGGACCCCCGAGUCAGCACCAUCUGGGCCACCGGAGAACUUUGAGGUCAAGCCACUAAGAGGGAAAGGAACUGCUGUCAUAGCAACAUGGGACCCACCUGAAGAACCCAAUGGGAGGAUACGAGAGUACAUCCUGUCUUAUGCCCCUGCUAUGAAGCCAUUUGGAAUGAAAAGUGUGACGCACCGCGGCAGCAGCAGCACAGCCACCUUGGAUGGUCUCACGCCGGGAGAACGGUACAUCUUCAAGAUAAGAGCCACCAACAGGAGGGGCCAGGGCCCGCAGAGCAAAGUCCUCAGCGUCGUCAUGCCGGGAUCCGGCAGCGCUGCCUCGACGUUCUCAAAAUCCAAGGACGUCGGGAGGACUGUCCACACCCCUUCCGAACAGGACACCGACCACGAUGAAUCGGACACUCAGUCGGCAAAGGCGACGGAAGAACCGACCACUCAGCAGCCCCCUCGGCCUCGCUCCGCCGCGCCGGCCGUCAGGCGCGUGCGCCCACUUUCCCAGUCGCGCUCCUACCACAACGUCUUCUCCUCGGUGAGGGGAUCAGUCAGGAACACAGUGAACAGAGGGUCGUCCAGAGGGAGAGCUCAAGGGAGAGAAGACGAGGACGAAGAAGAAAAGAAAAUAUUCACAACGGCAUCUCCGGUGGAAGAGACGACGACCGCGGAGGUCGUACUGGAGAAAAAAGAGCCGGAUAACGAUGUUUCCCCUGAAUUUGAAGACGGAGUGCCUCAGACUACUGAAACUCCCAGCCUCAAAGUUUUGACGCGCUCCCCAAUUAUAUCACAUCCCAAACCUCCUCCCAGGAGACCCAUUAAGAUCCGGGUCCACAAAAAAACAGGAUCCAAAGCUGCUCCCUCUUCUUCGUCUUUUUCCUCCUCAUCUUCCCCCACCUCCCCCGCUUCUGCCUCUUCUCUUGAUUCCUCCGUGUCCUCCACUCCCGCCCCACAAAUUCAAGAGUCGGCCGCAAGUAGAAAGGAUUAUGUGGCUUUGACGCACCCAGAGACUAAAGACACGUAUGACAAACAAAGCACAACACAGACUAAACCCUCCUCCAGACUUGUAAAAGACAGCAAUCCACAGGAGACAGAGGCUGCGUCUGUUGGACGGGGUUCGGUUUCGGCGGAUCGCACGAAGGGGUCCGGCUCCAGAUACGGCUACAGUCGAAAACAUCCCGGCAAUGUGUUUCGGGGGAAUUCAACUCGAUUGCCGAACGGUUACAAACCUGCCGUUACCUCACAGUUGAAUUUACCGAGCGGAAGUUCAAACCGGGCGACUUCAAACGCGCGGAGCGCUGCAGCGUCACGGCCCGCCCUACAGGACAGGACGCCGCCCGAGCGAGACACAACCAACGGGGCGGGAAGCGACGACAGCAACGACAAAGGCGCAGGCGCAGAAGCGACCAAAAAGGAAGAGCCUACUUCAAGCUCCUCACAAACCGCGAAGGAGGAGAGAGGGCAGGAGGAGGCGAAGGAGGAGGGUCGUAGUGAGAAGCCUGUGGUUUCUCGUACAGGCAUUAGCCCAGCGUUUGCUGCGAGGUUCCCUUGGCUGGCCAGCCGUUAUCCUGGCAGGUUUGGUUCGGGGACGAGAGCUUCGACGCGCAGGCUGGCCGGCAGGACCUCCGUGAACGGGACGUCGUCCUCCGCCGCGGCUGGUAGAUCCGCCUUGAGGGCGACAACUGGUGCGGCGUCAGCGGCAGCAGGUGCUGCAGGAGUGUCCACGAUGCAGGAAACUAGUGACGAUCUACGAACGGCCGAUUCACUAAAGAAUGUGGCGGGCGUGGGUUUGGUUAAGCCUUCGUUGACCAAUAAAAAUACGGCCUCUAGUGAUGCUAAAAAUCCAACUACCUCAUCCUCGUCAUCAUCUUCCUCUUUUUCAGCAACUUCUUCAAACUCUGAUCCACAUCAUUCCUCAGGUAGACACACAGCCUCAAAUGAGCCAGUCCCUCAAGAAACCUCUAAUAGUGAUAACAAUAAUGAUCAUAAUAAGGAUUACCUGGGUGGGGAAAAGGGCGGCAAAUAUGAUGAAGUUGCUAUAACUUCAGUUGACCCUAAGAUACGUGUGGAGGACAAUGACGGUGUGGAGACAAGAGAAACCUUCUCCAGGAAAAGACCUGAAUUACCAUCUGGAGGCACUCACUCUUAUCGUCGUCCUGGCGUGGGGGGGAACCGGCAGUUUGGUGGCGCUCGACUUCCCAUCAGACCAAAACCAGCACAAAACUCUUCAACGUCCGGGUCCUCCUCGUCAUCGUCUGACUCCUCUUCCUCAAAUCUGCCCCAAGUAGUUUUGACAUCGGGUCGUGACGUUGGUAGCGGUACUACUGUGUCAAAGGCAGGGGGAAUAAUUGGAGGAAACUCCCAGUCCACAUCGUCAUCCUCAGCAUCUUCAUCAUCAUCUAGGGGGCAGGGAGGUCGGCCUCGCUAUCCCAUGGUCAGAGGGAAACCCACCAAUGGAGGGAAACUCAAACCUACAAAUGGAAACGGUAAAAAUGGACGACCAAACCUGACAGCAACGAGUGAUAAGGAUUCCUCCUCCGCUCGGGAAACCAGCAAGGCCGUUGGUCAAAAAUUUAUCACAGGACCUGAUGGAACCAACUGGAUAGUAGACUUGGAGAAGGGGGUUCUUAUGAACCAGGAUGGACAAGUUCUCCAGGACUCCCAGGGCCGGCCCAAGAGAGUCGUGCUCGGAGCAGACGGACGCACGAUUUUUGACGACAUGGGCAGUCCUCUGUUAAACCAGGAAGGUAUGGCUCUGUUUGGCCACGGCCGAGACGGCCGGCCGGUGGUCAAUCCCAAAGACAAGGUCCUCAUGUUGGGGGGGAAACCGGUAGUUGGCUUGGACCGUCCUCGCCUCAGGACCACCACCACCACCACUACAGCUCCUACCACCACCACCACCACCACAGCUCCUACCACCACACCUGAACCCACCACCACUGGCUGGAUCGGGGAGGAGUCUACCACUGCCCCACCGUUCCCAACCUGUCCACCUGGAACCUUCUCCAAAACAGAUGAAUAUGGGUAUCCACUGCUUGACAUGGAAGGAAUAUUGGACUGUUAUCCAGAAGAGGAAUCCUCAGGAAUGGAAAUGGACAUCAUGGUUACAGUGAACACAGUGCCUGAUGCUUUAGAGCUUAAGAAAGAUGAGCUCUUUGUCCAGACCACCAUGCAACCCACAACCACCACGACAGAGAUCCCGACUCCAGAGCCAGACACCAGAACAUCCAACCACGGCCCCUCAUCCGAGCUCGACCUCAGUGGGAAGAAGCGAUUCACAGCUCCCUAUAUGAACUACAUCCAGAAGGACCCAGCGUCUCCUUGCUCCUUGACGGAGGCUCUGGAGUAUCUUCAGGUGGACGUCUUGGAGAACCUGAUGGAGAAGGACAGCCUUGCAAUCAAUCAGAACCAGCCUCCCAAACACAAGCCUCAUAACCUCACCGUGGUCGCCAUGGAGGGCUGCCACUCCUUCAUCAUCCUGGACUGGGGUCGCCCGCUGAGGGACGACAUGGUGUCAGGAUACAUGGUCCACAGCGCUUCAUAUGACGAUGUGCUCAACAAUAGAUGGUCCACUAAACCCUCCAGCGGGAGCCACCUGCCUUUGGAGAAUCUCAAACCAAACUCUAGGUACUACUUCAAAGUGCAGGCCAAGAAUGUGUUCGGUUUGGGACCCGUCAGCGACACGCUCACCUAUGUCACCGAAUCAGACGACCCUCUUCUUAUUGAAAGACCACCUGGGGGAGAACCCAUCUGGAUCCCCUUUACCUUCAAGUAUAACUCGGCCCACAGCAGCUGUAAGGGCAGCCAGUACGUCAAGCGGACAUGGUACAGGAAGUUUGUGGGUGUGGUCUUGUGUAACUCUCUGCGAUACAAGAUCUUCAUGGGAGAUGGUCUCAGAGAGCCCUUUUACAGUAUAGGCGAUACAUUUGGCCAGGGAGAAGACCAAUGCCAGUUUGUGGACUCCUACAGGGACGGAAGGACAGGACCGGCAUACCUCUCGAAUAAUCUGCCCUCAGCACAAGGAUUUUAUCGCGCCUACAGACAGCAGCCCGUUUCAUUUGGAGUCAUCGGUCGACGUACACCCCAUCCGUUCGUGGGCUGGUACGAAUGCGGCGUUCCAAUCCCCGGGAAGUGGUAGAACGGGCUCUCGCCAUCUCUGGUGCUGCCGUUAAAAACAGACUUCUGCCUUACCACUACCAUUUCAUAACAGCAUCACACACAGAGAAUAUACUACUUUUUAAACAACUCAAUGUAUAUCGUUACAAUGCACUUUUUAAUAUAAAGCAGUCUGUAUAUGAGGGGGAAAAAAAAAAAGAAGCAUGUGUGCUUUCGCUUAUUGUAACUCUCGUCUUAAAGUGUCCAUGUACUAUUCCCGACUGUCCUGAAGACAGGUCCUAACCCAGUGUUAUUUAUCUCAUCAGUAAUGUACUCACACAGUCAAGCCAGUGACAUUGGACCAAAGCACAAGCUGCAGAGCAAACUGUAAGAAUGGGCACUUAAGGUGUGUACAGGUCUGUUAAUUUUCAAUCGCGAGAUAUGAAUUUCAUUUUUUUUAAUACCUUUUGACAGCUACUUUUGUUGUUUAUUUGUGUUCUUUACCCGUUAUACUGUUUUUUUUUGGCAUCCUGUUGGAAAUCAUCAUAUUUCAUUGGAAGUUACUGUGUAAGGUUUGUGUGUAUGCAGACAAAGAAUAAAAGACCAAAUAUUUGCUCAGGAAUUGUGAGAGACUGAAUAAACGGUUCUGGAAAACCGCAGCGAUCCAAAAAACACGAA